AUGUCAUCUUCGACAGCAACACGAAUAACAUCUUCCUCUUUAAUACCUUUAAUCCGAUCUUUACCCGCAUCACCACUUUCAGCUGAAGCAGUCCAACUUUCAGAUGCACUAGGAGCCAUUGCUGAGAAGGCGUUGUCGUCCGCACCUACUGCAUCUGCGAAUGGAUCUUCGAUGGAAGCUCUGAAAGUCGCUGGACAUCAAAGGAGAUUGACUCAAAUGAGAGAUUCAAUAAGUAGAAUAAGAUCGGGUCAGGCUUUAUCCAAUUACCCAUUGACAGGACCUAUAGUAUCACCUCCAAACGAUCCUCAUUACUAUACCAGAGUUAGAAACGGUGUGAGAAACGCUGAACAAGGUAUCCAACGGCCAUGGUGGAAGGUGUUCUUCAAUGUCAAAGGGGAAGAAUAG